CAGGGAGAGAGGGAGAGAGGGAGAGAGGAGAUACGGACGCUCGCGGGUGGCAUCAUCGUCGUCGCAGCAUCCCAGCAUUGUGACCACAUAGCCAAAGCAUCAUCGCGGAGAGAGAGACAGAGAGGAGAUGGCGGCGGCGGGCGGGGGCGAGAGGUGGAGCCUGGCCGGCGCGACGGCGCUGGUCACCGGCGGGAGCAAGGGGAUCGGGCACGCGAUCGUGGAGGAGCUGGCAGGGUUCGGCGCGCGCGUCCACACGUGCUCCCGCAACGCGGCGGAGCUGGAGGAGUGCCGCCGCCGGUGGGCCGAGAAGGGCCUGCGGGUCACCGUCUCCGUCUGCGACGUCGCCGUGCGCGCCGACAGGGAGAAGCUCAUGGACGCCGUCAGGGACACCUUCGCCGGCGUACGUGCGUGCAUGGACGGCGAUGACGUACAGGUGAACAACGCGGCGCAGGCGAUGGUCAAGCCGGCGGUGGAGUGCACGGCGGAGGACUACUCCGGCCUCAUGGCGACCAACCUGGAGUCGUGCUUCCACCUCAGCCAGCUCGCGCACCCGCUCCUCCGGAACUCCGCCGUCGCCGGCGGGGGAAGCGUCGUGCACAUCUCCUCCAUCGCAAGCUUCCUGGGCUUUCCAGGGGUCGUGCUCUACAGCAUGGCCAAAGGAGGAAUGAACCAGCUAACAAGAAGCCUGGCUGCCGAGUGGGCCCGCGACAGGAUUCGCGUGAACUGCGUCGCACCAGGCCUGGUCAUGACUGACAUGACGAAAGGCAUCGUAAAAGUAGACCCUGAAGUCAUGGAGCAAGAAUUUUUGCAGAAAAUACCAUUGCACCGGACCGGGGAGCCGGUGGAGAUGGCAUCUGUGGUGGCGUUCUUAUGUAUGCCGGCGGCCUCUUUCGUCACCGGCCAAGUCAUCUGCGUCGAUGGCGGCAGAACCAUAGGCGCUUAAGCCGUUCCAUGAGAGUGACAUGUGGGGCCCACGUAACUCAGGAUGAUGAUUUGUCCAAAAGAAAGAUUGAUCUAUGUAAAGACUUCUGUAAAAGUUGCGUCUAAAUGAGCACUUUUUUUUUGCCAAAAGAUAUGCUGCUCUGCA